CUCUAUUGGAGGUGAAGGACCGCCUGUCCAAUCUCUGCCUGUGCUGUCAAUGGCUUUCGGGACAUAUUUUAUUUGAAUGUCUGGGCGUUUUAAGUGACCAAUAAUGGAUAUUCUAUGGAUAUUAUGGACCAUACCGGCCGUAAUAGCUGUUGAAGAGAUGCUUAUGGACUCCACUACAGCCACAGCGGAGCUCGGCUGGACGGUGUACCCCGUGUCAGGCACCAGUGACAACAGCUGGGAGGAGGUGAGCGGUUAUGAUGAAAAUAUGAACACCAUCCGGACGUACCAGGUCUGCAAUGUUUUCGACAACAAUCAGAACAACUGGGUAAGGACAAAGUACAUCCGGCGUCGUGGCGCUCAGCGGAUCCACGUAGAGAUGAAGUUCUCGGUUAGGGACUGCAGUAGCAUUCCCAACGUGCCAGGCUCCUGUAAAGAGACAUUUAACCUCUAUUACUACGAAUCUGACUCGGACACAGCCACCAGAACCUCACCGGCCUGGAUGGAGAACCCCUGGAUCAAAGUCGACACCAUCGCAGCGGACGAGAGCUUCUCCCAGGUGGAUCUAGGCGGCAGAGUGAUGAAGAUCAACACUGAGAUCCGGAGCUUUGGCCCUGUGUCACGAAACGGCUUCUAUCUCGCCUUCCAGGACUACGGCGGCUGCAUGUCGCUCAUCGCCGUUCGCGUCUUCUAUCGGAAGUGCCCACGUAUCAUCACAAACGGGGCGUUGUUCCAGGAGACACUGUCAGGAGCCGAGAGCACCUCCCUGGUGGCUGCACGAGGUGUUUGCAUCCCCAACGCUGAGGAGGUGGACGUGCCCAUUAAGCUGUACUGCAAUGGAGAUGGAGAGUGGAUGGUUCCCAUAGGACGCUGCAUGUGCAAGGCUGGGAACGAGGCUGUGGAGAAUGGGACUGUCUGUCGAGCUUGUCCAUCUGGUUUCUUCAAGCCGACUCAAAAAGAGGAACCCUGCCUGCAGUGCCCCAUCAACAGCCGUACCACCAGCGAAGGCGCCAUGAACUGCGUUUGCCGCAACGGUUACUACCGUACCGACUCGGAUCCUCUCCAGAUGCCCUGCACAACCGUCCCAUCAGCUCCACAGACCGUCAUCUCCAGCGUGAACGAAACCUCUGUGAUGCUGGAGUGGAUGCCUCCCCGGGAUUCGGGGGGCCGCGAGGACGUCGUCUUCAACAUCAUCUGCAAGAGCUGUGGCGGAGGCCGUGGAGGCUGCACCCGCUGCGGGGACAACGUCCAGUUCCAGCCCCGUCAGCUGGGCCUGACAGAACCCCGGGUCUACAUCAGCGAGCUUUUGGCCCACACGCAGUACACGUUCGAGGUGCAGGCUGUCAACGGUGUGUCAGAUCAGAGCCUGUACUCCCCUCAGUACGCCUCAGUCAACAUCACCACUAACCAGGCUGCUCCAUCCACAGUAUCCAUCAUGCACCAGGUCAGCCGCACUGUGGACAGCAUCACCCUCUCCUGGUCCCAGCCUGACCAGCCUAAUGGAGUCAUCCUGGAUUAUGAGCUCCAGUAUUAUGAAAAGGACCAAUCAGAGGUUAAUGCUACCGCCAUCAGGAGCCAGACCAACACGGUGGUCAUUCGCGGACUCAAGCCGGGAAGCAUCUACGUGUUCAUGGUCCGGGCACGCACUGUGGCCGGCUUUGGACGCUACAGUGGCAAACUGUACUUCCAGACCAUGACGGAGGGGGAAUACAACAUCAGUAUUAAGGAGAAGCUACCUCUUAUCAUCGGCUCGGCAGCUGCAGGUUUGGUCUUCCUCAUUGCUGUGGUCGUCAUCAUCAUCGUCUGCAACCGGCGUGGCUUUGAACGAGGUGAUUCAGAAUACACGGACAAACUGCAGCACUACACCAGCGGCCACAUGACUCCAGGAAUGAAGAUAUAUAUCGAUCCGUUUACAUAUGAGGACCCCAAUGAGGCUGUGAGGGAGUUUGCCAAGGAGAUUGAUAUAUCCUGUGUGAAGAUUGAACAGGUCAUCGGAGCAGGAGAGUUUGGGGAGGUGUGCAGCGGUAACUUGAAGCUCCCGGGUAAAAGAGAGAUGUUUGUGGCAAUCAAAACUCUGAAGACUGGCUACACUGAAAAACAGAGACGGGACUUCCUGAGCGAGGCCAGCAUCAUGGGACAGUUCGAUCAUCCAAACGUCAUCCACCUGGAGGGCGUGGUCACCAAAAGCAGUCCUGUCAUGAUCAUCACUGAGUUCAUGGAGAAUGGUUCUCUGGACUCCUUCCUCAGGCAAAACGACGGGCAGUUCACUGUGAUCCAGCUCGUUGGGAUGCUGCGUGGCAUCGCCUCAGGCAUGAAGUACCUGGCCGACAUGAACUAUGUGCACCGCGACCUCGCUGCCCGAAACAUCCUGGUCAACAGCAACCUUGUGUGCAAGGUGUCGGACUUUGGUCUCUCACGCUUCCUGGAGGACGACAAUUCAGACCCUACCUACACGAGUGCUUUGGGAGGGAAGAUUCCUAUCCGAUGGACUGCACCCGAAGCUAUCCAAUACAGGAAGUUCACCAAUGCUAGUGAUGUGUGGAGCUACGGGAUCGUCAUGUGGGAAGUCAUGUCCUACGGAGAGAGGCCUUACUGGGACAUGACCAAUCAGGAUGUCAUCAACGCCAUAGAGCAGGACUACCGACUGCCCCCCCCCAUGGACUGCCCCAGUGCGCUCCACCAGCUCAUGUUGGACUGCUGGCAGAAGGACCGCAACAACCGGCCCAAGUUCAGUCAGAUUGUCAACAACCUCGACAAGAUGAUCCGCAAUCCCAACACGCUGAAGGCCAUGACCCCGCUAUCUUCAGGUGUUCAUCUCCCCCUCCUGGACCGCAGCAUCCCAGACUUCUCCAGCUUCAGCACCGUGGACGAGUGGCUGGAUGCCAUUAAGAUGGGCCAGUACAAAGACAAUUUCGCCGGCGCAGACUUUUCUACAUUUGAUGUGGUGUCCUCGAUGACCAUGGAUGACAUCCUGAGGGUUGGUGUGACGUUAGCAGGCCAUCAAAAGAAGAUCCUCAACAGCGUCCAGAUGAUGCGGGCACAGAUGAACCAGAUCCAGUCGGUGGAGGUUUGAUCCUCCCGAGCGGAGCAGAGGGGGGAGAAAAAAUAGGCGGUUGGGAUGAAGGGCUCUGGGUGUGGAGGAUGGAGUGGAUGGUUUUUUCGCGUUACAGUGUGUCUGGACUUCCCACCAGGCUACCAUUCACCCCCCCCUCCACUUCCCUCUCUCCUCCUCUUAUCCCCUCACCCUGACUCUCCCUCCAUCAUGGGAUCAGCUGUUUAACAAAAGUCCCAGUGAUGAGGCACCAGAGGGGCCCGCAGCCAAACCCGUCUCUGGAGCCAGAAACACGGGAGGUUAGAUGUGACCAGCAACACAUUUUUUUUUUCAAUCUUCCACCAAUUUUCAUUUGAUUUUUUUUUUUCUUUUGGUUUGUUUGUUCUGAUAAUUUUGUAAAGAAUUUUUUUAAAGGAAAAAAAAAAGAAAAAACUGAGAAAGGCAAGGAGUAUAUCUAAAUUUAUAGAUGAUAUAAGCUUGUACACUAGAUGGACUGAGUAGGAAAGCUACCCUUUAAAAGGGCGAGAAAAAAAGAAAACAAGGAAGAGUUGAAGGAAUGAGGCCAUCCUCAUCUAGGUGUGGAUAUUGUCUUUUUUUGCAUCUUUUUUUAAUUUUGGGACAUCAUAAGGAAUCACAGAGUUUUCUGUGGCCUUCAGAAACGCAGAGGAGACUGAAGAGCCCAAUGUGCAAUCCCAACUGUUUCCCCAGGAGAGAAAAUGCAUUUUUAAAAACCAUCAAAUGGACAACAUUUGGCAAAGACUGAUGUCAAAAAACACAUUCAUCCAGACUGACAAUUCACACAGUGCAAUCAAGAAAAAGAAAAAAAAAUAAGUUUCUCAUUGCAAGUAUUUUCUAUAUUGUGUGACAUUUUGUGAUGAAGAAUUCUGUCUCACCAUGCUUCCUCUCACUAUAGACAAGUGUUUUUCUUUCUUUCACAGUGAACUAUUCACAGCCUGCCAAAUAGAACUCUUCCCUUUUCUUGCAACCUGUACGAUGAUCCUGUAUUGUACAUAUCAGAUGCACUUGACCUGCCAUAACACGGUGACUCAGAAACAGUAAUCAGCAGAAGAACUGGCCAAGAGGAGGAUUUAAAUUGUUGUCACCUUCCUUUUCUUUCCUUAUUUUGUGAAAAAAAUGCUUGUGGAGAGAAACAGCAAACCGACGUCCUACGCAGAAUCACACAGAAUAAAACAGGUUCUACUGUUUACAUCAGAGGCCACAUACAAUACAGUAUGUGCUGUUAUAGCAUCCGCCUUCAUCCCCAGUGCCGUCUGUGCAUCCAUGCACACGACGCACACACACAUACCACGUGCACAACGAAGCAGAGGCUCCCGAAGCGGCGGGACUCGUGUUUGAUAGCAUGCUGAGUGAGUGGUUAAUUUCACAGUGCUUUGAUUUGCUGCAAUUACUAAAAACUCUGUUUGGUAAGAGCUUGGAUUUGACACACUUUACAGAGUAUAACGUGGCUGCAUUAUUUUUCAGUGUUUCUUCUUCCAGUUUUCCUUUUUGAAAAGACAUUUUUAAAGUAUUAAAGUUUUGAUACCACACACGGUUAUUUUACACUCACACAUCAUAGAUUUUAAAAUCCGGCAUUUGUUGAAUAUGCAACGUGUUAUAUUUUUGCAAUUUCUGUAUGGAUAUUAUUGAAUUGUUAUUAUUAUUAUUAUUAUUAUUAUUAUUACUUUUUUUUCUGCACUGAGUCUAUUGUUUGACUCCAACAAACACUCUGGAUCUUCCAUCAAUGCUUUUUAGACUUUUAAUUUUGAAACAUGUUGGUGCAAAAUUCCCUGUGAAUGGUAUUGAUUUGAUUUCAUAGACAGUGUUCAUUUAUAGUUUGGCCUCCUGUGAGCUGUCAAUCAUCGUCUGCGUUGUCUGGGUGACCAGGGUUUAUGCGAGAGAUGGGAGUCCGUAGCAAUGCAAGGAUUCCCCGGAGAGGAUGAAGCAGACAGGGUUUAUGUACACAGCCAGUAAAGUAUCAGAGAUCCAACCGGGACCUGACAGCCAGACACGGACGUCCAGCUGUGAGCUAUCGGUCAGAUGUGUCCGGUCACAGCGGGGAAGUCGCACCCCGAUCACAGCCGCUCUGUCCAGGCACCGAUUCUCCCGCCUCUCCCCCUUGAUCAAAAGCACGCCUGCCGGGCCACCUGUCUGCCGCUCCCACUGAUCUCCACGCAACAGUUGUCCGGUUUCGUCUCUGCGACUUUAUAAGCAUCAACAGGCGAACAGCGGAGACGCUCAUCAGUGGGGCAGUUGUGUCUUGUCCUGUCCUGAUGCUGCAUGAGAUAGAGGGUGUGGAAACAAGAGGCUGGACAAUGCUUCCACACUGAAAAACGUUGUCUUUAAUUAGAUGUAUUAUGUCCACAGGUUUCACAUAACUGUUUAAGGUUAGUUAAAACCAAUAAUAUUAAACUGAACCUAUUUUUUAUUUAAACUGCUUUCAACUAACUAAUACAGGUAUGUGAAAUCUAUUGACAUAAUGCAUUUAAUUGAAAUCAACGUUUCAGCCUUUUCAGUGUAUGUUCGCUCAAACCAAAUCCUCAGACUUGAGUUUUUGUGGCGGCUUAAGCACCAAAGUUGAUUAUAAACCUCAGUUACUUUCAUCUUUCACUGAAAAACGGAAUUGUUGACUUUAAUUAAAUGUAUUGUGUCAACAAAUUUCAUAGAACUGUAUUAAGUUAGUUGAAAGCAACAAUACAACGUUUUUGUAGGUUAAACUUUAAAUUAUUGCUUUCAACUAACCUAAUACAGUUCUGUGAAAGCCUCUCCAUGUCCUUUUUUUCAUCUGCAGUGCACCACAUCAUAACAGAAAUUUCCCUGGAAGCUUGUAUAACAUAUGAAACUAGUAGGAGGACAAUCAUAAGCUGUUAGUCAUAGCUGAGAGGCGAGUGAGAAGUGCCGCUGUGACCUAAAUGCCACUGAUGCCAACAUGCAGUUUGAUUUUUAUUUAACCGAGCUUUUUAACCGUCUUCCUUUUCCAUUUCCCAGUACUUAACAGCUCAUCAGUUUGUGAGGCUGAGGCUGCACGUCCUCUCAUGGUAUGGCAAAUAUUCAACCGUCAGGAAAAAACGUUUAAUGUUGUCCAAGGAAUUAAUCUAGUCUAGAGUAUACACAAGGCUGCUGAGUUUCUCCUCCAACCCCAUUAAAGCUCAUUCAGAUGCUUGUCCGUGGACGCUGCCAAGACUUUGAGUUAUUAAUCAAGCAAUUAUCCUUGAACCCUGUUUCAAGGAACUACCUUAAACUGGAUGGGCAGGCUUGUUUAUUACUAGACGUGAAAAAAUAGUGCUGAAGUGCACACUGUCAGUAUUUUCUUGGGGAUACUUUUCAUGGAACUCCUUCUGAAGGGUUAGUUUGUUGUUUUCCAUUUUUAUCUGAAGGAGUUUUAAGAGAGCCUUUUGAUUGAAUGUGGAGUGUUUGAGAGCACUGCAUUAAGUAUUUAUGUAUCUUCUGAUUUCGAUGGCACAAAAGAGACGCAUUGUUGCAGUUUGGAGCUGAGCAAUGAAAGCGGGAAGAAGAAAUUGACCCACUUAUGUCGAGUGUUUAAAGUGGUUCUGACUGUUUUUCCUGCCGCUGACUGGCUGCUUUCGUUACACCAAAGCACAAGCAGUGAAAAAAGGCUGUCCAAAACUAUUAAAAAAUGUAUAGAAACGGGUAACUUAUUCAUCUGGUACAGGUUUUAUGGAGGGCAUAUUUCAAAAUUGGACUCGAUGGGUUAUCACCUCCUUGAAAUUAGACUGAAUAUUUCAUUGCAUAUUACUGCAAGUGGCUCGCUGGAAAAUUUAAAUCCAAUGUAAGCCAAUUCAACAUUUGACAGAUUUUUUUUUUUUUUGUUUAAAUCGCUUUCUAACUCCCCCUUCAAACCAAUUCAUUUCUACUGUUCACUUUGCAUAAAACAAUAAGUAUUAUCUCUUCAGAUUAAGUUUAACUGUUGGUUUCAAAGCACCAGAACCUGACACCUACUGUACACAUGCUUUUAAAAACUUUCAACAGCUUUCCUCCGGUAAUCGAAGCAGAGUCAGAGUGGUUGUGACGCUCAUAAUGGUUUCACACAAUGUUUGCCUACUGCAACUUUCAGCAACACUCUCCUUUUACAUCUGUGCAGCAAAGUAUAAGAAAAAAAAAAAAACAGUCCUCCCCUCACCGUGUGCCAAUUUUUGAAGGACGGAGGAAAAACCGUUAAGUCUCAGUGUUCCUGUUACAUGAUAGUGUGCAUAAACACGAGCUGUGCCAGGUUGUACCCGCUGGGUUGCGUUUGAAAGGCGCCCAAACUGCAGCAUGGUCAGAGCGCAGGGUCUGCCUCCUGUUGUGGAGGACAGAAAAUGGCUCCCGUUCAAUGGACACAGGGCGAAGCACUGGAGAGCCCUCUACUGCUGCGGUGGUCAAAUGUAGCGUGUUUGAUUGACUUUUCCAGAUGCAAAGCUCCAGUGUUCAGGACAAACACUGGCUGCUGUAUCUUCCCUUGUUGGACAAACUUUCAUACCAUUACACUGCCCGUGUUCCCCUUUCAUGACCCAGUGUUGCCCUCUGUUUUCCCCCUUUCCUGCCCUCUGAACCCCCCCCCCCCCCCCCCAACCACUCUGGCUGUUGUUGGCGUGUACAGGCAGGGGGUCUCCACAUGUUCCCCGGUCCUCUCAAACCCACAUUGUAGACCAGUGCCGGUUCAGACCACUGUGACUCAUGUGGGGGAUCCUGUAUUUCUGUAUAAAUGUAUAUUGACUGUAACCCUGUGAAUGAUGUAACAAUUUCAUUAUUUGUAAUAUUGUCAUUGGUUUAUUUUCUAAACAUGGAAAGCCCAACUUGACUCUCCUCAAUAAAAAAUAAGAUCUGUUAUAAAAUA